AUGGAACGCUUUUUUCGCAUUGGGUUUUUUUUGUCCAGCUGUCUGAUGCUCGCGAAGAUCGCACGUGACCGAACUUAUGCUGGCAUUUUUCUGAAGCGUGGUCUUGCUGUGGAGACUACUUCGGAUGUUGACACGACGGACAGCACUAGCCGGUCCGGCUCGUCUGUUGCCACGUUUGUGCAGCGUUUUCUGCUGCCGCGUGCAACGGGUGUGGAGGGCGGCUCGUCUUUGAAUAUCGGGCAGGAGCUGGGACAAACGUGCGAGUCCGCACUGUGCGCAGACGUGACUUCGGUGCUGAGCUUGUCUCGUGGCACUCUCGUGAACAGCGCUGUGAUGUGGGGCGCAUAUCCUGUCUCGCUUCUGGUCACCCUCAUUUUUCUCUGGGGCGUCUUCACGGACGCGGACGGCGCUGGCGAUCUUGGCAGCGACAGCAGUCUGAAGAGACUCUUCAUUGUCUGUCUAAGUACUUUUUUCAGCGCGACUAUUAUGGCCUCUUAUGAUAAAUUCAUUACCUGGAGUUCGAGUUGUCUUGUUGUUGUUUCUUCACAGACUACAAGAUCAUACAUCGGGAAAUGCAUCUCGAAGUACAACAAGAAGUGAAUGAUCAUGAGUUUGACACCGCCUUGACGCCGGUUGCAUUGUCCCAUCCUUGCCGCCGGUAAUCAUGAUGGUCGAUGGCGACUACAUCUGUGAUUAUCUUAAUCCGCACUGCGCUGUAAAUUCCUUACCAUGAGUUUACCUCUGUGUAAGUUUUGCUUCACAAAUGGCCAGUAAGGGCCGAACCUGAAGCACAUGACCAUGACCACCUUGCCUAAGGCCGACUGGAUUCAGCAUGGUAGGAGUUGGGCACUAGAAAUUGCAAAGAAGGAACAACUCUGCUUCUAAGACGUGCGUAUUUCACUUGGCCAAGCUGGUGCGCGACAUCAAGAAAAUUAUCUCUCCACUCCAGCGGCCCUUCCGCUGCCUCGUCGUUGGCGCUUUCCUGCUCAGCACCGCCGUCAACUUUGCUGUGAUUGUUACGGCUUCAUCUUCGAUGGUUCAAUCACUCUCACCAUCCCCUUUGUCAAUCUUCAAUUCGCCUUCACAGCUGUUUUUUCUUGGUUUGAGGCCUAGAUAAUAUAGAUAUCUAGGAAGGCGGAGUCAAUGAUGAGGGAAAAGCAAACUCUUCUACAUCUACUGUCAGCAGUAGAUACAGCGGUCAGUGAGUUUCAGAGUUCUAAGAUUAGCGCUGCUGACGUGACCGGGCGCACGGAGGUCCGUCUGUUUCUGCUCAUGGGGUUCUUUUUCCAGGUCGGGUCGUGCAUGAACCUCGUGAAGCUUGUCCGCGAUAAGCAGGAAGUGCUGAAGGCGGAUCGCCAGCUUUUACAGGAAGCCGCGUUCUUGCGCAAGGGGGCUGCCGUUUAAGGCAGAACAGGAUAGCUGUGCAGCUGUCUGCUGCGCACUUGGAAGGAUAAACGUUGAGCUCGCUAGUCAUAAACAUAAUUGUGAGUAAAAAAGACAGAGCCACUGAAUUUUCCGAAUGGUCAUAACAGGGACAUACACAUGACAUGAAUUUUCCGAACAUAUUAAUUUACUGCUUCGCUAUCGCUUUACGCUGACUCAGCACUAGAAACGGAGAGAAUUAUGUACGAAAGAACAAUGAGGGUGGUGGAUCGACUUUACGACGAACUACAAGGAUUUCAGGCUAGCAAAUUUCUCAACAUGAGCAUAUUGUCGUCUUGAAAGCGUUCGCUGGCUGAUGAAAAUUCAUAGAUAAAAAAGAUAUCGAUGGCUUUCUAUCGUAAUCGUGCAAAGAAAGUUUUGACCACAGGGAGCUGAUUAAUUAUCAACUUAUGAAUGGGUGAAAGUAUUUUGUUGUGAACAUGAACAACAUCAUAACUCCGUUGGUUGAGUAGACAAGCUGCACAGCAAUCACUAGUUGUAUUCACCGAGAAAUCUUCGACAUUUCUAUGUAUUCAUCUACAUCUUACUUACAAACAUAGAAGUCACUCAUUGCAAACGCAGUUGGAAACCAUUUUCACAGGCGUCAUCGACUCCUUACCGCCCGUGGGCUUCAAUAUUUAUAUAGGCUAUUUAUCUAAGUACAAUAUAGAUAGAUAGUUUUGUUGUAUGAGUUAACCAAUUACUUGUAUUUACAGUUGCUUUGAGUGACUAUACGAGCGGUCCUUUGUUGUUUCGUCUUUACUCGCGCCUCGUUUGAAAUGUAAUGAACUCUGUUCUUGCAAUCGGUGCCCCUCCCUUACCGUCCCCACAUCCCCCCACUUCCAAAAUGAUAGGAGUUCUAUCGCCUAAGUUGUUAUAAUCUUUUAUUUGUUGUCGUUACCUCUCUUGUUUUGCUUAGCCUGUUUUUCUCUACAAAAAAUGGUUCCUCGCGGAUGCGGUAGCAUUGGUGGACUAGUAGCGUAGUGAUCUCAAUCCUUACAUGUAUUGACGAAAGUCGUCAUUUGUUGUAUAGACAGUUACUAACCACCAAGCACCACCAAAGAAGUAUAAGAAGGGUGCGGUUACUUUCUCGCAGUGAGUGGGGAUGGGGGCACUUCCUGGGAGAGAAAAAUCAAUAAGCAGUAGACGGUCUUGCAUGUCUGCAUGUAUACGACUAACUAAG